AUGAGUCUAUUGUUUUUAGAUAUCUUUGGAAUAGGUAUUGGUUUGCGAUAUAUGAAUAAACAUGAAUAUUAAACCAACUUUGGUGUUGCAAUCACUAUCCUUAUUGGCUGCUUUUUAGGAGUUUAAAUAUUUUUAGUAGGUAAAGAAGUAAUUAACAAAUCUAACCCAGAAGUUAUUUUUGCAGAGAGAUUUGUAGCAAGCCCUGACAGAUUUAAUAUAACAAGGAAAACAUUUAAUUUUGCUUUUGGUGCUUAAUUUCCUGGAAAUUUUUCUUAGUUCAUAGAUGAAUCUAUUUAUACUGUUACCGCUGAGCAAGUUUCUAUGAAAAAGAAGUAUAACUAAUCUAGUGGAGAUUAUUAUUAAGAAUGGUAGACGCUUCCUAUUAGAGUCCAUCCUUGUAGUUCAAAAGAUUUUGAAGUAAAUGAGUCUAUUGAUUAUUUUAAUAAGUUGGCUGGUCUAGAGUAAAUGUAUUGUCUAGACUAUGACAGUUAAAAUUUAUUUAUUGAAGGAAACUUUGAUUAAGAUUCGUAUGGACUUAUAUAAAUUAAAUUUAGAAUGUGCACCGGAAAGUAAAACUGUAGAGAUCCUAGCGAGAUUAGAAAAAUUCUAACUAACUCUUUCGUUGCUCACUAUACGAAUGACCUUAUAGUAAAUCCUAAAAAUGUUAAUCCUUUCUAGACAAUAUCAAGGGAUAUGUAUUGGAGUACUAAUCCUAUCUAUCCGAAAGAUGCUUAUCUUUAUUACAGAAAUAUAUAUUUUUAAACUGAUAACGGGAUUGUUUUUGAAGAAAUAGAAACUUAAAGAUAGCCUUCAUUAAGCUACAUUUAAGAAUAAGUUAUUUUUGGUGAAUCAGACUAUUUUUUUGCGAUGUAUAUCAGAUUUGAAAAGGCUAAAGAGUCUAUAUAUCAUCGAAAAUACAAAAAAUUAGAUAGCAUUCUUGCUGAAAUAGGAGGAAUUGCUAAAGCUCUAGUAAUGAUUGGUUUCAUUAUUUGUGUUCCUAUAAAUUAGCUUCAACUUUAUAACUAACUUUCUAACUCUUUGUUUAAGUACUCGAAUUCUGAAAUAGCAUAAACAGAAUAAGCACAUCGAACUAAUCAUAAAAUUGCAGGUAAAACGUUUGUCUAGAUCAUAGAAGCUCAAAAAAUGUAAAGCGCUAAAUAGAUUGAUUAAAAUAGCAACUAAAACUAGUAUUAAAUUUAUUCUUAAAAAUAAUUUAUAGACAAAGAAUAAUCUUUGAGCUACGAAUCACAAGUACAAUCUCCAUAAUGUCAAAAUUAUAUUACAAAAAACCAAAUAACAUCAAAUUAAAGUUUAAGAGAAAAAUCGAUUGAUAAAAUUUAUAAAAAGGAACUAUUUUAAAAAUAAAAUGAAAUUUUAAAAGCUAAAUAAAAAGAUUUUAUCAAUAGUGAAAAAGAUUGUAAAUAAUUUAGGGCAGAACCUUAAGAGUUAAUUAGUAACUAAAAUGAUCAUAAUACUAAAUAAAUAAAUGUAUAAAAUAGUUAUUAUUAAUAAGAAGCAAAAAAUAAUUUUAAUUUAUUUAACAUAAUCAAAAUCACUAAAGAAAUUAAAUUAAAAUCUACUUAAAAACUCUAAAUACCUCCUCAGCAUGAGAAAGAAAAAAACAUCGAAAAAUAUAUACACUAAAAACAACUUUAAUAAAGUAUUAAAGAUUAUAAUUAUAAAUCAUAAAAAAGCUUAGCCAAGCUUAAACAAUUAUUAAAUUAAAAUGAUAUUUAGAAUUAAGAAAAUGAAAGAUUAAAACUGAAAUGGUCUGAUUACAUUAGGUAUUAUCUUUGGCCUUUUGGAAGUUAUGCAAAAAAGAAAAAACAAAUUGAUUACUCAGUUGAAAAGAUUUAUUAACAUCUUGACAUAAUCUAUAUUGUAAAGAAACUUUUAGAGUUCGAAAAAGUCAAAUAAGUCUUGCUGAAUGAAGAUUAAAGAAAGCUUGUACAAUUCUUCCCAAAGCCUCUUAUAAGUGUAGAAGAAAUAGAAUAAGAAAAAUUAGAAGAGAAAAAACUUUCAGUAUCUAAAAAGUCAUCCUAGAAACAUGACUAAAAAAAACUAUCAAUAAAUAUUCUUAAUAACUAAUAAAAAGAUGAAAAAGAAAAAGCAAAAGAAGCUUUCCAAGCUUUGCAAAAUAUUAUAAAAUAAGAAAAAUUAAGCGAAGUAGAUAAAAAAAUACUAGAAAUGCUCGAUAACUCCAUUUUAGAAAAUAUCCACAAUAAUGCCGAAUAUCUCUAAGAAUAAAUAAAUUUCGAAGAUUUAAAUUCUUGUGCUCUUAAUGAUCAAAGGUCGAUCCAGAGAGAUAAUAUUUUAAGUUUUAAUAACUAAGAUUUUAAUCAAUUAGUUAACAUAUAAAGCUAGCAUAAAAAUAAACAAAAUGAAUAAAUAGAUAUUAAAUAUGAUUAAAGUAACUAAUAAGAAAGUUUUUUGGAUGGAUAAAUGCCUAACGAAAUAGGAUCGUAAGAAUUAACAAGCAUGCCUUAAUUAAAUUUUGUAAAUAUUUAAUAAAUACAAUUAAAUUAAACUAAGAAUAUUUGA